UCAACUUUGGUCAAGUUAACCGGCUUAAGUUACAUGAGGCUCGUUUAGGCCCAGUUUCAUAACUCAUGAUUAACUUUUUUUUUUAACCGAGGUUUAACUUAUUUUAAUAAUAAGUUGAAACUGGGCUUAAAUGAGAAAUCCCAUGUAACCGUUGGUUAACUUAACCGAGGUUGGUAAAAGAGAUCCUUUAUUUGUGAAAAAUUUGCAAGACCAGUUUGGAUCAGUCUGAAAAAUGGCAAACACGUUUCUGUAUUUCGCUUAUGGGAGCAACUUAUGCGCUAAGAGGAUACAUUUAUGUAAUCCAACCGCAAUAAUGAAAGAUAUCGGUUACAUAAAGAAUUUUAGGCUGGAUUUUUACAGAUAUUCUAAACGAUGGCAUGGAGCAUCUGCCACAAUUGUAGAAACAGAACAUUCAGUGGUAUGGGGUAUAAUCUGGGAAUUAGACAAGUGCAAUUUAGCUACAUUAGACUGUCAAGAAGGUGUUCAAGAUAAUAUAUACCAUGCAAUGUCAGUAAAUGUUGAAACUCCUGGUGGUAGAACUCUAAAUUGUCGAGUGUACCAGCAAUGUAAUAAUCCAAAGGAAUAUAUAAAGCCAGAAGAUUUUCCAAUGGAUAAGAGACCUUCACCAUUAUAUCUAAAUACGAUAUUAAAAGGGGCUAAAGAAAACAAACUUCCCACUGAUUAUAUAAAAUUCUUGAAAACCAUUCCAGAUAAUGGAUAUGAAGGCGACUAUGACAUUAGCUUUUCUCUGCUUUAAAAUUGACACCUACAACAUUUUUAUUGUACGAAUAUUUUUGAUAAUACGGAUGGAGGAUCACAUAUUCUAACGCUGUAUCUGCCGCCAUUUUGUCCAAUUCACGUCGAGGAAUUUUCAUUUUGAGAAAUUUUCUUUGGUUUACCUAUGAUGUACAUAUGGUAUAAAUAUGAUCAAUUAAAAUUUGAAAAAUAGAAAUAUAUA